CCGAAGGCGAAAUCUCGAAAUCAAGUUGACUCAACACUAGAUCGACCUGCCGUCCACAUUCUCUCCACCGACUCUCCCACGGUGCUUCCCUUUACGAAAGCAUACUAUUCUCCGUUGGAUCCGAGAUUCUAGUUGCCUCCAAGAUUGAAUUAUUCAUCCAGCGAGGGGUCAUUUCAGUCCAAGAGCCGGCUUCCUCUUCCGCUUGCAAAGUUCUUUAUUUGCGGUCAAACUUCAACACCACGACCUGCCUCAACAAAGCGACCCCUCCUAAAACAGCAUGGCAUCGAUAUCUGCCAGCAGGAUCCCUGCCUCUGGUCUUGGAGCAGCACAAGACACCACUUCGACACAUCCAUAUACAUGCAAUACCUGUCAAGUUGCCUUCAGGAACAGUGAAUUGCAAAGAGGGCACAUGCGGAGUGACUGGCACCGAUACAAUCUGAAGCGUCGUGUUACCUCUCUCCCUCCGAUCUCGUCCGAAGUCUUCACAGAAAAAGUCCUCCAAGCUCAAGCCUCAUCAACUGCCGCAGCGACCAAAGCCGCCUUCGAAAAGACCUGCGCCGCCUGUGUCCGAACAUACUUCAGUGAAAAUGCCUACCAAAACCAUCUCGGAAGUCAGAAACACAAGGCGAACACUGCGAAUGCCGGGGACCGGAAUGAAGAUGAUGAAACCGACUCCGUGAUGAGCUCAACCUUUUCACUAGGCGAGCCUACAUCCUCAAAGCCAGAGGAGAUUGAUUCCGAAGCCGAGGAGGAGUUCAGCGAGGUAGUGGAGGCUCUGAAGAAGGCAAACUUGAAGGAAAUUCCAAAUGCGACCCGCCGGCCGUCACGACCACACCAUUCCACCGAUGCUGAAGACGAUAAGGAUUCUGAAGCCACAGCUUCAUCGGUGACAGCUCGAGAUAAUGAUACGCCCAUGGAAAUUUCGGUCAAGCGGUGUCUCUUCUGCAACUUCGAGUCUCCCUCGAUUGAGCUGAAUGCCGCUCAUAUGGAACGCAUUCAUGGCAUGUUCAUCCCGGAGAGAGCUUACCUGGUUAAUCUUGAGGGCUUGAUUGGCGCAUUAUUUGAGAAAAUUCAUCACUUCCACGAAUGCUUGUAUUGUGGCAAGCUCAAGCCUACCAUAUUCGGCCUCCAGACUCACAUGAGAGACAAGGGCCACUGUAAGAUUCCGUUCGACACAGAGGAUGAGCAGCUUGAGAUCGGGGAAUUUUACGAUUUUACAAGCACAUAUUCAGAUGCUGAGGAUGAGUCCGAUUCCGAGGAUUCACUGCCGGGCAAGAAGCAGCGUGGUGGGGCGAAGUUAGGAGCUAAGCAUCCUUCGACCACAGAUGAGGAGGGCGAUGAGGAGGUGGAAGAUGGAGAUGGCUGGGAGACAGAUAGUUCGGCAUCAUCGUUGGAUUCAGCAGAUCUCACAGCAGUUCCUCUCGACCAAAGAACUCACCGAUAUGAGAAGCUUGACCAACAUCCUCACCACUCACAUUCAGAUCCUCGACCUCACCGGAACAAGGAUGGCUUUCACUCACACGCACACAAGCACGCUAAUGCGGUAUUCUAUUCUGAUUAUGAGUUGCAUCUUCCCUCUGGACGGGUCGCUGGCCAUCGAUCCUUGAACAAGUACUACAGACAGAACCUACACAAUCAUCCAUCUCCCGCUGAGAGAGAGGAGCGACUGGCAAUCGAGGCCGCUGAAAGUUCCGAUUCAGAUGUUGAAGGCCAGCAGCUUUCCCGUCGCGAUAAUGGAGAACGCGGUAGAGCUCUCACGAACCGUGCAAACUUGGGAAUGGUUGGUGUUACGGCUGAAAAGAGAAAAGAGGUCCAAGCCGCAGAAAAGAGAUCCAGGAAAGUAGAACAGCGUGAGCAACGGAAGAAGCAGUGGUACAACAACAAGCAGAGCAAUAUGCAAAAGCACUUCCGGGAUCCUUUGCUCCAGUGAUCUGGAAAUGAGAACUUGAUGUCUUUUGCAAUUUUGCCUUUUAUUACAGCGUUGCGAGCGAAGUUUUUCCAUGUAAGCCUAUAGGCUGGUCUUGCAUUGCAUGGUUUGGGAGUUUAGAAACAUUCGAUGGCGUAAAGGUUCUGGUAUCCCGUGAAUCGAAAACAAGGUCCAAAAAUAACUCCGCAUACAUCCAAGUCAUAAUUGCCGCCUCGUGAUAAUUGAACCAAGAUGCAGAUCUGGCUGCGUUUGGACAACGGCAUUGCACGUAGUUUUUAUCCAACUAUCCUCAGUCAAUUGCGGUUUGAAUUAUAAAAUGUG